CCAUCGCCUGAACUCCCCCGAACUGGAUCAUCCCCCGAACUCUCUCCCAGGGCACAGAGGAAGUGUGAAAUCCAUCUGUUCUCAUCCAACAAACCCUGCAUCAGGCAUCAGGCAGAUUGGAAAAUGGUUCAUGGAUUAAAGACUGGUCGGCUUCGAAAAAAGACACUCACGCAGCAAGAAACAGACUCGCCAGCUGCUAUUCCUUUAGGAUCACCCGUUGCUCCAUCUCGUGUUCUCCCCGUCCCAUCAAAUGUGGGACCAUCUCAUAAUGCCACUAGCCAACCAAUGGUUGAUUCUGAUGAGACACAAGCCCCAUCUGAAACGCAGCCGAGUGGCGUAGGGACUUUGAAGCCCCUACCGACACGUGGCAAAGGCAUACAAAAAAUAAUUCGAGCCAAGAAAGGGGAAAAAUAUUAUGUUCACAUCGAUCGUGGGUUGAAUGCAAUGACUGGCAAGUAUGCCACUCCAGCAACUAACGAGUUAGGAAUUCAAAUUAGAACCUUGUGCCCUUUGAAAGAUGUGAAGUCAUGGCUAGAUCUUGAUGAGACUACAAAAGCUGCCAUCAUCAUCCAAGGAGUUCUUGUAACUAAUAUUACUUGUCCACAAGAUGUAAUUGUAUUAUGUAUGCUAAUAAAAAGACUAUUAUUUAAUGAUUACAAUUUCAAUUUGUUAUGCUUGUAUGACAAGUUUCAAAUUGGAGACGAUUUCCACAAUGACUUACAAGCACAAGAGAUUAUGAAUAAGAAGGCCUAUGGGUUGUACAAAGAUUGGAGGUACACCUUGAAGCAAGAGUUCGAAUUGUUAGAGGGACUUCCACGUGAUGAGAUCUAUGCUCAUCCGCCCGUAGGGGUGAGUUUAGAUAAUUGGAACCAUUUGAUCGAUGUGGCAUGGCAAGAUACAUCUCACCAAAAACGGUCAAAAGUUGGCAAGAGUAAUAGGAGUCAAUUGCCGUAAAAUCAUACCAAUGGGUCUCGCUCAUUUCCUAUCGCAAUGGCUACUAUAGU